GCUCCUCACAGCCGGCUGCUUAUCCAUUCGCGCAAGGGAAGCAAGCGGCCACCAUGGCGCCAGCGCCUCCCCCAAACCUCCGCUAAACCCCGGGGCCAUGCCCGCCGCCUCCUCGUCCCCCACCACCGCCGCCUCCCAAAAUGCCUCCUCCGCCCACGGCCAAUUCGCACCCGAACCCUCCCCUCCUCCUCCUCGCCCCCCUCCGCUCCCCGCCCGCCGCGCGCCACCUCGCCCCGCGGAGCAGGCGCCUCAGCUCCUCCUCCACCACCCGCGUGGCCGUCUCGCCGUCGCCGCCGCCGCCGGCCUCCGCGACGCCCUCCGACACGAGCGCGGCGCUGCGGGCGCUCUGCGUGCACGGCCAGCUGCCGCAGGCGCUCUGGCUGCUCGAGUCCUCCCCGGAGCCGCCCGACGAGGACGCCUACGUGGCGCUCUUCCACCUCUGCGAGUGGCGCCGGGCCGCGGACGCCGGGAUGCGCGCCUGCGAGCACGCCGACGCCGCGCACCCCACCUUCGGCCUCCGCCUCGGCAACGCCAUGCUCAGCAUGCUCGUCCGCUUCGGCGAGUCGUGGCACGCCUGGGGCGUGUUCGCCAAAAUGCCCGACCGGGACGUCUUCUCCUGGAACAUCAUGGUGGGCGGCUACGGCAAGGCCGGGUUCCUGGAGGAGGCGCUCGACCUCUACCACCGGAUGCUCUGGGCCGGGGUCAGGCCCGACGUCUACACCUUCCCCUGCGUGCUGCGCACCUGCGGGGGCGUCCCCGACCUGAGGAUGGGGAGGGAGGUGCACGCCCAUGUCCUGAGGUUCGGGUUCGGGGUCGAGGUCGACGUGCUCAAUGCGCUCGUGACCAUGUAUGCCAAGUGCGGGGACGUCGGGGCUGCACGGAAGGUGUUUGAUGGUAUGGCCUUGACUGAUUGCAUCUCGUGGAACGCGAUGAUCGCUGGGCAUUUUGAGAAUCAUGAGCACGAGGCGGGGCUGGAGUUGUUUCUGAAUAUGCUGGAGAAUGAGGUGCAGCCGAAUCUCAUGACGAUAACCAGCGUGACUGUUGCGUCCGGAUUGCUGUCUGACCUUGAAUUUGCAAAGGAAAUGCAUGCGCUAGCAGUAAAAAGAGGUUUUGCCACUGAUUUUGCGUUCUGCAACUCUUUGAUUCAGAUGUAUACUAGUCUUGGGAGGAUGGGGGAAGCAUGCACGAUAUUCUCAAGAAUGGAGACCAGAGAUGCCAUGUCAUGGACAGCCAUGAUAUCAGGGUAUGAGAAAAACGGCUUCCCAGACAAAGCUCUUGAAAUGUAUGCACUGAUGGAAGUAAAUAAUGUAAGUCCUGAUGAUGUCACUGUGGCAAGCGCUCUUGCUGCCUGUGCUUCCUUGGGGCGAGUAGAUGUUGGCAUCAAGCUGCAUGAGAUUGCUACGAGCAAGGGCUUCAUCAGGUACAUUGUAGUUGCAAAUGCACUCCUUGAAAUGUAUGCAAAGUCCAAGCACAUUGAUAAAGCUAUUGAAGUUUUUAAGUACAUGCCUGAAAAGGAUGUAAUAUCAUGGAGUUCAAUGAUCGCGGGCUUUUGCUUUAACCAUAAGUGUUUUGAGGCUCUGUUCUGUUUCCGGCAUAUGCUGGCAGAUGUAAAACCCAAUUCUGUUACUUUCAUUGCUGCUCUUGCUGCUUGUGCUGCCACUGGAUCUUUGAGGUAUGGUAAAGAGAUUCAUGCACAUGUUUUAAGGCGAGGUCUGGCAUCUGAAGGUUAUGUACCCAAUGCUCUUCUGGACUUGUAUGUGAAAUGUGGCCAGACAGGCUAUGCUUGGGCACAGUUCAGUGCACAUGGUGAAAAGGAUGUUGUAUCUUGGAAUAUCAUGCUUGCUGGUUUUGUUGCUCAUGGACAUGGAGAUAUUGCUUUAUCAUUCUUCGAUGAGAUGUUAGAAACUGGAGAGCAUCCGGAUGAAGUUACAUUUGUUGCUCUAUUGUGUGGUUGCAGUAGGGCUGGAAUGGUUAGUCAAGGUUGGGAACUUUUUCACCGCAUGACUGAGGAAUACUCAAUUGUUCCAAAUCUCAAGCACUAUGCAUGCAUGGUGGAUUUACUGAGUCGUGUUGGGAGAUUAACAGAAGCUUACGACUUCAUAAAUAGAAUGCCUAUCACACCAGAUGCUGCUGUAUGGGGAGCCUUGUUGAACGGAUGUCGGAUACACCGGCAUACUGGACUUGGGGAGCUUGCUGCCAAAUUUGUCCUUGAGUUGGAACCUAAUGAUGCUGGAUAUCAUGUUCUUUUGUCUGAUUUAUAUGCUGAUGCUGGCAAAUGGGCUGAAGUGGCUAGAGUGAGAAAAACCAUGCGAGAGAAGGGAUUGGAGCAAGACUAUGGGUGUAGCUGGGUUGAGGUUAAAGGAGAUAUCCAUGCAUUUCUUACAGAUGAUGAAUCACACCCGCAGAUGAAAGAAAUAAGUGCUGUUCUACAUAGCAUAUAUGAGCGGAUGAAAGCAUCUGGUUUUGAUCCUGUUGAAUCUUAUUCUUUAGAAGAUAAAGAAGUAUCCAAGGAUGAUGUUUUAUGUGGCCACAGUGAAAGACUAGCUGUCGCUUUUGGUCUGAUCAAUACCACACCUGGCACCUCUAUUUUUGUCACAAAGAACCAGUACACUUGCCAUAGCUGUCACGGUAUACUGAGGAUGAUUUCUAAGAUUGUUCGCAGAGAGAUAACUGUCAGGGACACCAAGGAAUUCCACCAUUUUAGGGAUGGAAGUUGUUCAUGCGGAGGUUCAGGCUAAGAAGACUAUAACAUGCGGUCAUGUGCUAAUCUCACGUCAGUUCCGAAUCACCAGUACAUAAGUCUUUGGCAACAAGCAUUGUGAACUUGAUAUAUAUAGUCACUAGCAAGUAGGAGGAUAGCUUCGAUACGGCAACAUGCCCACCACCAGGCUGCUUGCUGCUUAGAUAAACAUAGCUUAUGUUUUGGGUUAUGCGUAGAAGCUCAUGCAAAUUUACAGCUUGGUACAUGACAAAAGAUGGUGAAAAGUUAUCAGAGAUGCUGGGAAUUCGGUUCCAAUAUAUCUUGACCUCACAGAAAUCUCCUGAAGUAAUGCUUCUUGGAGAUGAUAUUGGCUUCCAACAACUUGCCAAAAGAAAUAUCAAUCUCCUGAAGUAAUGCUUCUUGGAGAUGAUAUUUGCUUCCAACAACUUGCCAAAAGAAAUAUCAAGUAAGCUUAUUCUAGUAAAGGGCAGAGUAGUGGAUUGCAUGCUGUUUUGUUGAAUAGGAGUAACUGUAAUUGUAAUGCCUGUCAAAUGUCAACUAUAGGCUGUAUAAUGAUGGAGCCAUUGUUUAUAAGGCGGUAAAGCGACCUAAGGCGAGCAUCACCUGCUCUGACGCCUAAGCGCCUAAAGCGGGCAUAUUUCUAAGGCACUGCCAGGGCGCCUUAUCGCUUAAGUGUCUAAAGCGGGACGCCUUGCAAACAAGGGGUGGAGCUGUGCUUUUUUUGCUGGUUUUUUGUUAAUAAUAGUGUAUGCAUGAAACUAGUCACUUCAGUGUUUUGAGAUGACUUGAUACCAGUCUGGACCGAGCACUAGCUCAGUGGUAGGGGCAUUGUUUAGUGCUCCAACUCAGCGGGGUUUGAGUCCUCACGGGAGCAAAUAUUGCAACUGAGGUUCUCACUUGUAAUUGAAAAACAUGAAGCUAAGGCAUUCAGAAUAAAAUAAAAAUAAAUUUGUGACUUGAAUUACACUUGGACCUAAGAUGUC